GGGCCCAGGAAUCUCCAACUGCCGUCGAUCGACGACGACCUGUGCGGGUGCAGGGGAUAAAUAGCCUGAAAAUCUCUGCCAAUACCCACGCGUGCGUGUCGCGAUGAGCGUUUGCUAGCUAGCGCUGUAGGAGAGCAGUGGUGGCCGGCCGGGAGCGAGAGGUGGCGCCCGGGUUAUCCCCUGGAAUAAUGGCAGCGCCGUGGCGCGCGGCGUGGGGGUUGGUGGUGCUUGUGGCGGCGGCGGCGGGGGCGGUGGUGACGUUGAAAGAGUGCACCAACCAGGUGACGCCGUCGCGCACGGAGCAGGCGCGGCUGCAGGCGUCGCCGGAGCGGCGGUGGUGGCGCGACGAGCCGCUGUCCCACUACCACGAGCACCACCGCAACCCCACCGACGAGGCCGCGUGGAUGGACCUCAUGCCACCGCCCGCCGCGGCGGGGGAGCAGCGGGAGGAGCUAGACUGGGCGAUGCUCUACCGCUCGCUCAAGGGCCGGCGCGGCGGCGGCGCCGAUGCCGCCGGGCCGUUCCUGGAGGAGGUGUCCCUGCACGACGUGCGCCUCGACCCCGAUGGCGACGCCGCGUACGGGCGCACGCAGCGCACCAACCUCGAGUACCUGCUGCUGCUGGACGUCGACCGCCUCGUCUGGCGCUUCCGCUCCCAGGCGGGGCUGCCGGCGCCGGGAGAGCCCUACGGCGGCUGGGAGGCCUUGGAACUCCGGGGCCACUACGUCGGGCACUACCUGAGCGCGGCGGCCAAGAUGUGGGCGAGCACGGGCAACGCCACGCUCGCCGGCAGGAUGGCGGCGGUGGUGGACGCGCUGCACGAGUGCCAGCGCGCCGCCGGCACGGGCUACCUCUCCGCCUUCCCCUCCUCGUUCUUCGACAAAUUGGAGGCCCUCGUCCACGUCUGGGCGCCCUACUACACCAUCCAUAAGAUCAUGCAGGGCAUCCUCGACCAGCACGUCGUGGCCGUCAACGGCAAGGCGCUGGGGAUGGCGGUCGCCAUGGCCGACUACUUCGCCGGCCGCGUCAGGAGCGUCAUCCGGCGGUACAGCGUCGAGCGACACUGGGCGUCGCUCAACGAGGAGACCGGCGGGAUGAACGACGUGCUCUACCAGCUCUACACCAUCACGAACGAUCAGAGACAUCUGGUGCUCGCCCAUCUAUUUGACAAGCCUUGCUUCCUGGGGUUGCUUGCAGUGCAGGCUGACAGUCUUUCGGAUUUCCAUGCCAACACGCAUAUUCCGGUCGUCGUGGGCGGGCAAAUGCGAUAUGAAGUUACAGGUGAUCCGCUUUACAAGGAAAUUGCAGCAUUCUUCAUGGACACUGUCAAUUCUUCUCAUGCAUAUGCGACUGGUGGCACAUCUGUCAACGAAUUCUGGUCCGAUCCAAAGCGUUUAGCUGAAAAUCUGAAUACAGAGACCCAGGAAUCCUGCACAACUUACAACAUGCUCAAGGUGUCACGCCAUCUAUUCAGAUGGACGAAGGAGAUUGCGUAUGCAGACUACUACGAGCGAGCACUGAUCAACGGCGUCCUGAGCAUCCAGAGAGGCAGGGAUCCUGGUGUGAUGAUCUACAUGCUGCCCCAGGGCCCUGGGAGCUCAAAGGCAAGGAGCUACCAUAAAUGGGGAACUCCGUAUGAUUCAUUCUGGUGUUGCUAUGGCACUGGGAUAGAAUCCUUCUCCAAACUAGGUAUCUUCAGGUCUCAGACUCCGUAUCUUCAGGUCUCACUCUCCGUAUCUUCAAAGACAGUCAGUCAGUUUGCGAUAUUGAACGUAAGAAUACCAACAUGGACAUCUUUCAGUGGUGCAAAGGCAACUUUGAAUGACAAAGAUUUGGAAUUAAUAUCUCCAGGGACAUUCCUUACAAUCAGCAAGAAGUGGGAUAGCGGUGAUCGUUUGUCACUCCAAUUACCUAUCCACCUACAAACUGAAGCAAUAAAAGACCGACUGCCAACUGAAACUUCAGAUCGGCCGGAGUACGCAUCUAUACAGGCGAUCCUGUUCGGGCCGUUCCUCCUCGCCGGCCUCACCACCGGAGACUGGGACGCCAAGACCGGCGGCGCCACCGCCGCACCCUCCGACUGGAUCACCCCCGUCCCUCCGGAGUCCGACUCCCAGCUGGUGACCCUCGUGCAAGAGUCCGGCGGCAAGGGUUUUGUGCUCUCCGCCGUGAACGGCUCCCUGACGAUGCAGGAGCGGCCCAAAGACGGCGGCGGCACCGACGCCGCCGUCCACGAGACGUUCAGGCUCAUCCCCCAAGGUAGCCCCGGCGCCGGCGCCAUGAACUCGACGGCCUCCGUGAUGCUCGAGCCGUUGGACAUGCCGGGGAUGGUGGUCACGGACAAGCUCACGGUGUCCGCGGAGAAGAGCUCGGGUGCGCUGCUCGACGUCGUGCCGGGGCUCGACGGUAGCCCAGGCUCGGUGUCUCUCGAGCUCAGGGCCAGGCUGGGGUGCUUCUUGGUCGGCGGCGGCCGCCGCCGCGGCAAGAAGGUCGAGAUCGGCUGUGGCGGCGUCCGGAAGCGCGGCGGCGACGGCGGCGCGGGGUUCCGGCGGGCGGCGAGCUUCACGCGGGCCGAGCCGCUGCGGCGGUACCACCCGGUGAGCUUCGCCGCCAGGGGGGUGAGGAGGAGCUUCCUCCUGGAGCCAUUGUUCACCUUGAGGGACGAGUCCUACACCAUCUACUUCAACCUCGUUGCUUGACAUGCCAAAAGAAAAUGUAUAUGGAUUGGACUGUAGGGUACUUAGUGGAGUUCACUGGAAAUCUCGAGCUGCAGCUCGCCGCCGUCUAGCCGGUGACUUCCAAAUAAGUUUUCCUCUCCAGCAAGAAGAAACUUUGAAGCAUACUGUACGCGGUGGGCUACUCAUAUUUCCCCAAAAUAAAAUCCACGGCCAGGAGGAGGAGCCGCGUGUGGUUUUG